GUGCCCGUAGUAGGCCUGACCGGACUCAUAACGAGCACGAAAAAGACACUUUUAGUGUACGGGGCGGAGUUAAAAAAAAUGAAAAAAAUUAUGUCGAGAAUUAACAGUCCGAAAGAGGGCGCAUUAUCGAAGGCGUGUACUUUUUGUAGCAGAAGCUGACAAUAUGUAAAUGUUAUAAAAUGGUAUUGAGAAGUAAACUCGAAAUAUAUAUUUUGUACAGGAAACUAAUACCUAGAAAAAGGAUUAUAGUUAACUCAAAGGAAUAUUUAAUAAUUAAAGAUUUAGGAUAGUUCACUACUGGUAUUUGAACAAUGACAUCAAAGACAACAUUUGUUUUUCCAGUUAUCAGCAGUGUCCAAAAAAUAGCAUUAUACGAGACUAAAGCUAGGUUCUUUUUGGUUGGAUCUAAUAAUACUCAAACAAAAUUUAGAGUUUUAAAAAUUGACAGAACUGAGCUGAAAGAAUUAAUUGUAAUUGAUGAUAAGAUGGAAUAUACUCAUAAAGAAAUCAGAGACUUGCUUACAAUGAUAGAUGUUGGUAAUAGACCAAGACCUGGACAAAAAUCAUCAGGUUUAAAUCGUACAGUGUCUGCAUUUGGUAUUGUAGGAUUUAUUAAGUUUUUGGAAGGAUAUUAUAUUAUUCUUGUAACUAAACGUCGUAGAGUUGCUGUAAUUGGACAUCAUACUAUUUACAAGAUUGAAGAUACUAGUAUGGUCUAUAUUCCUAGUGAGGGAGAAAAAUAUUCUAAUCCUGAUGAAGCCAGAUAUGUUAAAAUGUUCCAGAAUGUGGAUUUAUCAAGUAAUUUUUAUUUUAGUUACAGUUAUGAUAUAACUCACACACUACAGUAUAAUUUACGUCCUCUGAAGAAAAUGACAUCUGUUGAUUCUCAAAAAAUUGAACAAGUUAAAACAAUUCCAAGUUGGAAUCCACAGAUGAAAAGUACCACUGGAACAGCUGUUGAAGUUGCAGAAAAUUUUCUAGAAAAUUUACAGGUUCAUUCAGAAGUAUUUCCUAAACCACAGUUCCAUGCUAAUACUCAUGCUAAUCCUGAGGAUAAUGCUAGUUCUUCUAGUAGUGAGAAUGAAGUUUGGUCUGAAUUAAGAUUACAAGAAGAACAUUUGAUUAGCUCUGUCUGCAGUGAGAGUGAUGUUCGCUAUGGUGCUCGAACAAAGGCAAAUGAAAAAUUUGUGUGGAAUACAUAUUUACUUGAACCAGUAGAUUUACAUCCAGAUUGGUUGCUGUACAUUACUCAUGGAUUUAUUGGACAAUCCAAUAUAAAUGUAUAUGGUCGCCCUUUGUAUCUUACCUUAAUUGCUCGUCGUUCACAAAAAUUUGCGGGAACAAGAUUUUUAAAACGAGGUGCAAAUUUUGAGGGUGAUGUUGCAAAUGAAGUUGAAACCGAACAAAUAGUUCAUGAUUCUUCAGUAUCAUCGUUAGCAAGAGGGCAUUAUACAGCAUUUGUUCAAAUGAGAGGUUCGAUUCCUUCACAGUGGUCUCAAGAUACAUCAAAAAUGGUUCCAAAACCACAAAUAACAUUGGAUGCAAAAGAUCCAUAUUGCUUUGCUGCUGGUCGUCAUUUCAAUCAACUAAUCUGUCGUUAUGGGGCACCAAUCAUUGUUCUCAAUUUAGUAAAGAAAAGAGAACAAAAGAAACAUGAAAGCAUAUUAAGUGAAGAAAUAAUUGGAACCAUAAAUUACUUAAAUCAAUUUCUUCCACCAAUGCAUCAGAUUGAACAUAUUGGCUUUGAUAUGGCAAGGAUAGAUAAAUCGAAAGAAGCUAAUGUCAUGGCUCGUCUUGCCGAAAUAUCCUGCUAUGUAGUGAAGAGAGUAGGAUUUUUUCAAAGUUGGCCUUCUUAUUACUGUCAACAAAUGAGAUCUCAUCGACUUGGAAUAGGAGGCUUACAGACAGAACAAGGAACUUAUAUUCAAACUGGAAUAGUGAGAGUCAACUGUGUUGAUUGUUUGGAUAGAACAAACACUGCACAAUUUUCUCUUGGAAAAUGCGCAUUAGCUUUCCAGUUGUAUGCCUUGGGAGUGUUGGAAAGUCCUUCACUUGAAUUUGACACAGAUGUUGUUAGAAUGUUAGAAGAAUUAUAUGAAGAUCAUGGCGAUACCUUAGCAUUACAAUACGGAGGAUCCCAACUUGUCCAUCGAAUAAAAACAUACAGAAAAAUUGCACCUUUGUCAUCGCAUUCGAGAGAUAUUAUGCAAACAUUAUCUCGAUAUUACAGUAAUACUUUUUCAGAUGCAGAUAAACAAAAUGCUAUAAAUCUUUAUUUGGGAGUUUAUAAAGCUGAACAAGAAAAAUUGCCCAUUUGGGAAUUGACAACUGACAAUUAUUUACAUAAUUCUGUGGCAUCCGGUCAGCUGAUUUGCCAUAGAAAUUUAUACACACAAUGGUGGAAUAGUGAUGUUGCAAAAUGUUUACCGCAGGCACUUGAAGAAGUUCAGAAGAGUCAAAACAAGUCAACUGUUGAACUGAUUGAAGUUCAUCCUACUGAUGAAACAAUUGAUGGAUUUUUCGAGCAUUAUCGACCAUAUGAAAUGACUGUGAUAUCAGACUUAUUCAGCUUUAAUAUUAGUCAUUCUAUAAGAGAUUUCAUGCCAAAUUUUGCAACUGAUUAUAGUCCAUUUUCUGUACGUGUAAGACCUGGUAAAAGGCGUGAAUCCAUGGGAACUGACAAACCUCCAAAUCCUUCGGUGACUGGGAUAUCAUCAUCAGCAUCUGCAUCGAGUGGAACAAGUGAAACAGAAAGUGGAGAAUCUAGUGAUGAAGAUUAUCAUUUUAUACGCGACAAUGAAAAUUCUUCUUCCAGUGACAGCAGUGCUAAGUUGACUUCAUUUCAAUCACUGUUUCCUACUAUGAAAGAAACUUAUGGAACAGAAAUUUGCAAACCAUCUGAUCCAAACAUGAAUCUCUACAAACAGUACAGUAAUUUGGGAAAAAUUGCUGGUGUAUAUGGUUUUGAGUUGAACAGUAAUGAACUGCCUAAAAGACUGAGUAAAUCAGUGAAUUUGUAA